AUGGUGGACGCUGGGGAAGGUGGCACCCAGCCGACUUGGAAGUUCACACAGUGCUUUGGUGACAAGGGCGACGUCGAGGACAUUACGGAAGCGGAUAUAAUAUCAACCGUCGAGUUUGACCAGACCGGGAAUUACCUAGCCACCGGCGACAAGGGCGGACGUGUGGUACUGUUCGAGCGCAACGAGACCAAGAAGACCUGCGAAUACAAGUUCCACACCGAGUUUCAAUCGCAUGAGCCUGAAUUUGACUACCUGAAAUCGCUGGAGAUUGAAGAGAAGAUCAAUAAGAUCAAAUGGUGUCGCCGACAAAAUGCCUCGCAUUAUCUGCUCUCCACCAACGACAAGACGAUCAAGCUGUGGAAAGUGUUUGAAAAGUCGCUCAAGGUUGUGGCCGAGAACAAUCUCUCCUCGGAGCUUACCCCUGCAGGCACCGGAGGAGCGAAUGGAGGUGGUCCUGUCCGCUAUCCCCACCACAACUUCCGCAGCGUGGCUGACCUGAAGUUUCCGCGAUUGACACACCACGACACCGUCGUUGCGGCGGUACCCCGGAGAACAUACGCCAACGCACACGCCUAUCACAUCAACAGCAUCUCUGUGAACAGUGAUGGAGAGACAUUUAUUAGCUCUGAUGACCUACGGAUAAAUCUGUGGAACCUCAACAUCCAGGAUCAAAGCUUCAACAUCGUCGAUAUUAAGCCGGCCAACAUGGAAGAGCUCACAGAGGUCAUCACAGCGGCCGAGUUCCACCCUCAAAGUUGCAACUGGUUCAUGUACGCAUCUAGCAAGGGMACCAUUAAGCUUGCGGACAUGCGACAAAAGGCUCUGUGUGAUGAACACGCAAAACAGUUUGAACAAGAGGAAGAUCCCUCUUCUCGCUCCUUCUUCUCCGAAAUCAUCUCCUCCAUCUCGGAUGUGCGUUUCUCACAUGACGGUCGGUACAUACUCUCACGAGACUACCUCACCGUAAAGAUCUGGGACGUCAACAUGGAGCGGCAGCCGGUCAAGACAAUUCCGAUCCAUGAGCACCUGCGACCGCGACUUUGCGACACGUACGAGAAUGACAGCAUCUUCGACAAAUUCGAAGUGGUCUUCUCUGGUGAUGCCAAGAACGUCAUGACUGGCUCGUACAAUAACAACUUUAUGAUCUAUCCCUCAGAAGAGGGCAAGGAUACUGAAGUGGUGCUACAAGCCGACAAGAGUGCCUUCAAGGCGAAGAAGGUUGGCAUCCCGACGCCCAUGAACAGCGCCACCAGCCCAGGCGGUAAGGAUGGGAAGAAGGGAUCUCGUGCGAAUAGUCCAGCGGGAGGCGCGCAGCGGAUGCGCAAGGAGACCGACGCGGACCAGAUCGACUUCAACAAGAAAAUUCUUCACAUGAGUUGGCAUCCACAGGAGGACAGCAUUGCCAUUGCUGCCACAAACAACCUCUUCGUCUUCUCGGCUUUGUAG